GCGGCGACUCUCUCGGGUCCUUCUCCGUCCCCACGUGUGUACCAUCGGGUUCGACUCCGCCGUCUCCGUCACGUUGGAACUGAACUCUGGACGGAAAUUCGGGUACAGACGGCGCCAUGGACCCGCUCGCGGACAAGGCGGAGGACGGAGACGCUUUCACCAAGGUGACGUCCAAGAAGAGCCACAAGCGGAAACACGAAGUUUCCGCCAUGGACGCGGAGGAGGCGCGCGCCAGCAAGAGGCCGCACUUCCCCCCGAUCUCCAGCGACAAGCUCCGGGGCCCGGAUGAGAUGCGCAAAAUCGCAGUUCCUGCCCACAGAUACACGCCACUGAAGGAGAACUGGCUGAAGAUCUUCACUCCCAUCGUGGAAAACCUGCAGCUGCAAGUCCGCUUUAACCUGAAAACCAGAUGUGUGGAGAUAAAGACGUGCCAGGAGACCAGGGACAUCGCGUCGCUCACCAAGGCCGCAGACUUUGUUCGAGCCUUUGUGCUGGGAUUCCAGGUGGAGGACGCGCUGGCGCUGGUCAGACUGGACGAACUCUUCCUGGAAUCGUUCGACGUGACGGACGUGAAACCUCUGAAGGGCGACCACUUGUCCCGAGCCAUCGGCAGGAUAGCAGGAAAAGGCGGGAAAACCAAGUUCACCAUCGAGAACGUGACGAAGACGCGCAUCGUGCUGGCAGAGACGAAGGUUCACAUCCUCGGCUCCUUCCAGAACAUCAAGAUGGCCCGGACAGCCAUUUGCAACCUCAUCUUAGGAAGUCCACCCUCAAAGGUCUACGGCAACAUCAGAGCGGUGGCCAGCAGGAGCGCCGAGAGGUUCUGAGGAGGCCCAGCAGGGGGCGGUGUGCAGUUGCCGAUAGUUUGUUGUAAAUAUUAAAAUAAGUUUGAAUGAAAGGAUGUGUUUGAAGGUCGG